CCCCAUCCGGUAUAAAUGCCACGCGAACAUAGCCUCCUGUAUCCUCCCAUCCGCGAGGGAGAGAACACAGCACAGCGCGACACCAACGACGAGGAGCGCCAAGGCCGGCGGCGGCGUCAACGUGCACGCGCGCGUUUGUGAGAGAGGCGAAAGCCGAUCGAUGGGCAGCGUGGCAAUGGACUCGGACUACGGCGCGCCGCGGGAGCUGUCGGCGCUCCAGAAGACGCGCGCGCUCUACCACCCUGUGCUCCCGCCCUGCCUCCAGGGCACCACGGUGAGGGUGGAGUAUGGCGACGCGGCAAUUGCGGCGGACGUCGCCGGUGCACAUGUGAUCAGCCAUGCGUUCCCCCACACGUAUGGCCAACUGCUGGCGCACUUCCUCAGGAAGACGGCCAAUGUGCCGGACGCUACCAUCAUAACAGAGCAUCCUGUCGUCAGGGUUGGUGUUGUCUUCAGUGGGAGGCAGUCCCCAGGAGGGCACAAUGUUAUCUGGGGACUCUUUGAUGCUAUAAAGGCUCACAACUCAAACAGCAAGCUUAUUGGUUUUCUUGGAGGAACUGAUGGCCUAUUUGCACAAAAAACUAUGGAAAUCACCGUUGAAGCUCUUUGUAGCUAUAAAAAUCAAGGUGGUUAUGAUAUGCUUGGUCGGACGAGGGAUCAGAUCAGAAGAACUGAGCAAGUAAAGGCGGCAAUGAUUACCUGCCAGGCUUUGAAGUUGGAUGCUCUUGUAAUAAUUGGAGGUGUCACAUCCAACACGGAUGCUGCUCAACUUGCUGAGACAUUUGCUGAGUCCAAAUGUUCAACAAAGGUAGUUGGUGUUCCUGUAACUCUGAACGGAGAUCUUAAGAACCAAUUUGUUGAGACAACCGUUGGUUUUGAUACUAUAUGCAAGGUGAACUCACAGCUCAUAAGCAAUGUUUGCACUGAUGCUCUUUCUGCUGAGAAGUAUUACUAUUUUAUUCGGCUGAUGGGGAGGAAAGCAUCUCAUGUGGCAUUGGAAUGUGCUCUUCAAUCACAUCCAAAUAUGGUUAUCCUUGGCGAGGAGGUUGCUGUGUCAAAACUGACAAUUUUUGAUAUUACAAAGCAGAUAUGUGAUGCUGUGCAGGCAAGGGCUGAAAAAGAUAAAUAUCAUGGGGUUGUACUGAUUCCUGAAGGUCUUGUUGAAAGUAUUCCAGAGCUGUAUGCUUUACUUCAGGAAAUUCAUGGACUACAUGAUAAAGGUGUUUCCACUGAGAACAUAUCUUCUCAUCUUUCCCCUUGGGCGUCUGCACUGUUUGAGUUUUUGCCUCCAUUUAUUAGGAAGCAGCUGCUUCUCCAUCCUGAAUCUGAUGAUUCCGCUCAACUAUCUCAGAUUGAGACUGAGAAGCUUCUAGCACAAUUAGUUGAGACUGAAAUGAGCAAACGCCUGAAGGAAGGCACUUAUACAGGAAAGAGGUUCAACGCAAUUUGCCACUUUUUUGGCUACCAAGCAAGGGGUGCCUUGCCUUCCAAAUUUGACUGUGAUUAUGCCUAUGUUCUUGGACAUGUAUGUUAUCACAUCAUAGCAGCUGGUUUGAAUGGCUACAUGGCCACUGUGACAAAUCUCAAGAGUCCAGUGAACAAGUGGAAAUGUGGUGCUGCCCCUAUUACGUCUAUGAUGACUUUGAAGCGGUGGUCGCGCGGUCCUGCCACCAGUCAGAUUGGCAAGCCUGCUGUCCACAUGGCGAGUGUCGACUUGAAAGGAAAAGCAUACGAGAUGUUGAGACAAAACUCUUCCAGCUUCUUGAUGGAAGACAUCUACCGAAACCCUGGGCCACUGCAAUUUGAAGGACCAGGUGAAAAGCAUUGUGAAGCCCGGGUGCUCACAGGAUGUCCUGAAAGUGGCGCUGAGCGCCAUGGCUUCUGUAACGGAGAUGCUCACCAUCAUGUCUUCCCCGUCUUUCACUGGCCAGGCAACCAUCUGAGCGCUAAGCCGAAGAUGUCAUAUGCUGGAUUCUCUCAUGUUUUCAGACACAUUUUUAUUAUUGACCGUGCCGUUUGUCUAUCUGAAAUCGCCGUCUUGAUAGGUCCCCUGUUCAAUCUCCUGUUUGGUUUAGUGUGAUUAGCUCAAAUCGUUAAUGCCCAUAUUCGGUAUUCUAGCAUUGAACCUUUGAUUGGCCAAACCAACAGGAAUUGGCUCUUCAGAUAUUUAAUAUCCACCUUCUGAAUUCUGUAGAUGUCAUUUGGAAAAUUGUAGAUCAAGUUUGCAAACAAUUCAAAUGUAUUUGUCGUUGUGUCUUCUCUACAGCAGUGUUAUUUUUGUUGCCGUGGGAUAUUAUUUG